UUUUCUUCUACUAGUAUUUUUCCUCCUGGAGUUUCACUCGAACAGUUUGAUAGUUUACUUCUCACACGGCUUUUGUGUGAUGCUCGUCAACAGAAUUUGAGUAACGGUGAUAAUUCAACAAUCGGUGGAAAUUACAACUGUGAUUCGACGCAAUUUGUGCAAGGGGUCGCACACAGCUAUAGAACAAGUAGCACGAAGUAU